GGACGCGGUGGCGCCGGGCCCGGCGCAGGCGGGGGCGGAGGCGCGAGCGGAGCAUGAAUGGGGCAAGAUGGCGGAUCAUGUGCAGAGCCUGGCCCAGCUGGAGAACCUGUGCAAGCAGCUCUAUGAGACCACGGACACGGGCACGCGCCUGCAGGCCGAGAAGGCCCUGGUGGAGUUCACCAACAGCCCCGACUGCCUGAGCAAGUGCCAGCUGCUGCUCGAGAGGGGCAGCUCCUCCUACUCCCAGUUGCUGGCGGCCACCUGCCUUACCAAACUGGUGUCGCGCACAAACAACCCCCUGCCCCUGGAGCAGCGCAUCGACAUCCGGAAUUAUGUGCUGAACUACCUGGCCACGAGGCCGAAGCUGGCGACGUUCGUGACGCAGGCGCUGAUCCAGCUCUACGCCAGGAUCACCAAGCUGGGCUGGUUCGACUGCCAGAAGGACGAGUACGUCUUCAGGAACGUCAUCAACGACGUCACCCGCUUCCUGCAGGACAGUGUAGAGCACUGCAUCAUAGGAGUGACAAUCCUGUCCCAACUAACGAAUGAAAUUAAUCAAGUAAGUGCUACAGCCUUCCUCAGUGAAGCGGACACCACCCACCCCCUGACCAAGCACAGGAAAAUCGCCUCUUCCUUCCGAGAUUCCUCUUUAUUUGAUAUUUUCACCCUGUCCUGCAGUUUACUGAAACAGGCUUCUGGGAAGAACCUGAACCUGAACGAUGAGAGCCAGCACGGGCUGCUGAUGCAGCUCCUCAAGCUCACCCACAACUGCCUGAACUUCGACUUCAUCGGCACCUCCACGGACGAGUCCUCGGAUGAUCUUUGCACUGUGCAGAUCCCAACCAGUUGGAGAUCAGCAUUCUUGGAUUCUUCGACCCUUCAGUUGUUUUUUGAUCUUUAUCAUUCCAUCCCUCCUUCAUUUUCUCCUCUGGUUUUAUCCUGCUUGGUGCAGAUCGCCUCCGUGCGCCGCUCCCUCUUCAACAACGCCGAGAGGGCAAAGUUCUUAUCUCACCUGGUGGAUGGAGUGAAACGGAUACUGGAAAACCCCCAGAGUUUAUCAGACCCCAACAAUUACCACGAGUUCUGCCGGCUGCUGGCCCGGUUGAAAAGCAAUUACCAACUGGGAGAACUGGUGAAGGUGGAGAACUACCCCGAGGUGAUCCGGCUCAUCGCCAACUUCACCGUCACCAGCCUGCAGCACUGGGAAUUUGCCCCCAACAGUGUGCACUACCUGCUGAGCCUGUGGCAGCGCCUGGCCGCGUCCGUGCCCUACGUGAAGGCCACGGAGCCGCACAUGCUGGAGACCUACACGCCCGAGGUGACCAAAGCCUACAUCACCUCCCGCCUGGAAUCCGUGCACAUCAUCCUCAGGGAUGGCCUGGAGGACCCUCUGGAGGACACGGGGCUGGUGCAGCAGCAGCUGGACCAGCUGUCCACCAUCGGGCGCUGCGAGUACGAGAAGACGUGCGCGCUGCUGGUGCAGCUCUUCGACCAGGCCGCCCAGUCCUACCAGGAGCUGCUGCAGAGCGCCAGCGCCAGCCCCAUGGACCUGGCCGUGCAGGAAGGGCGGCUGACGUGGCUGGUGUACAUCAUCGGCGCCGUCAUCGGCGGCCGCGUGUCCUUCGCCAGCACGGACGAGCAGGACGCCAUGGACGGAGAGCUGGUCUGCAGGGUGCUGCAGCUGAUGAACCUGACCGACUCUCGCCUGGCACAGGCGGGCAAUGAGAAGCUGGAGCUGGCCAUGCUCAGCUUCUUCGAGCAGUUCCGCAAGAUCUACAUUGGGGACCAGGUGCAGAAGUCUUCCAAGCUGUACCGGAGGCUGUCGGAGGUGCUGGGGCUGAACGAUGAGACCAUGGUGCUGAGCGUGUUCAUCGGGAAGAUCAUCACCAACCUGAAGUACUGGGGCCGCUGCGAGCCGAUCACCUCCAAGACCCUGCAGCUGCUCAACGACCUCUCCAUUGGGUACAGCAGCGUGCGGAAGCUGGUGAAGCUCAGCGCCGUGCAGUUCAUGCUCAACAAUCACACGAGCGAGCACUUUUCCUUCCUGGGCAUCAACAACCAGUCCAACCUGACGGACAUGCGCUGCCGCACCACCUUCUACACGGCCCUGGGGCGGCUCCUCAUGGUGGAUUUAGGGGAGGAUGAGGAUCAGUACGAGCAGUUCAUGCUGCCCCUCACCGCUGCCUUCGAGACCGUGGCUCAGAUGUUCAGCACCAACUCCUUCAACGAGCAGGAGGCCAAGCGCACGCUGGUGGGGUUGGUGCGGGACCUGCGGGGCAUCGCCUUCGCCUUCAACGCCAAGACCAGCUUCAUGAUGCUCUUCGAGUGGAUUUACCCCUCGUACAUGCCCAUCCUGCAGAGAGCCAUCGAGCUCUGGUACCACGACCCCGCCUGCACCACGCCCGUGCUCAAACUCAUGGCUGAGCUGGUCCACAACAGGUCCCAGCGGCUGCAGUUCGAUGUCUCCUCUCCCAACGGGAUCCUGCUCUUCCGGGAGACCAGCAAGAUGAUCACGACCUACGGGAAUCGCAUCCUGACGCUGGGCGAGGUGCCCAAGGACCAGGUGUACGCGCUGAAGCUGAAGGGAAUCUCCAUCUGCUUCUCCAUGCUGAAGGCGGCGCUCAGCGGCAGCUACGUCAACUUCGGCGUCUUCCGGCUCUACGGCGACGACGCGCUGGACAACGCGCUGCAGACCUUCAUCAAGCUGCUGCUCUCCAUCCCCCACAGCGACCUGCUGGAUUAUCCCAAGCUCAGCCAAUCCUACUAUUCCCUGCUGGAAGUGCUCACCCAGGACCACAUGAACUUCAUCGCCAGCCUGGAGCCCCACGUCAUCAUGUACAUCCUGUCGUCCAUCUCUGAGGGCCUCACCGCACUGGACACCAUGGUGUGCACGGGCUGCUGCUCCUGCCUGGACCACAUCGUCACCUACCUGUUCAAGCAGCUCUCGCGCAGCACCAAGAAGAGAUCGACGCCGCUGGCGCAGGAGAGCGAUCGCUUCCUGCACAUCAUGCAGCAGCACCCCGAGAUGAUCCAGCAGAUGCUCUCGACGGUGCUGAACAUCAUCAUCUUCGAGGACUGCCGGAACCAGUGGUCCAUGUCCCGGCCCCUGCUCGGCCUCAUCCUGCUCAACGAGAAGUACUUCUCGGACCUGCGGAACAGCAUCGUGAACAGCCAGCCCCCGGAGAAGCAGCAGGCCAUGCACCUGUGCUUCGAGAACCUCAUGGAGGGCAUCGAGCGCAACCUGCUCACCAAGAACCGCGACAGGUUCACCCAGAACCUGUCGGCGUUCCGGAGGGAGGUCAACGACUCCAUGAAGAACUCGAGCUACGGCGUCAACAGCAACGACAUGAUGAGCUGACAGCCGCAGAGCCCAGCCUGGCCCGGGGCCGACCCGGGGCCUCCCCCAGCCCAGGGAGGAGGGAGCAGCAGGUGGAGCUCACCUGGGCAGGCGUUUUCCCGCGGGAAGGGCAGAAUCCAGGUGCAGGAAUUCCAAGGUGUCUGUGUCUCUCUUUUUCCUUCCCUGGCCGGAAUGUGGAACCGGCGGCGCACCGCUGCGAAAAGCCUGCCUUGUAUAAAAGCAAAACAAAAAAAAAAAACAAAAAAAAAAAAAAAAACAAAAAACAAACAAAAAAAAAAAAAACAUGUACAUUUUUUCAUAACAUUUUGGAGCAAGGUUUAUAUUGAGUUUCAGAAAAACGAGAUUAAAAAAAAAAAAAAAAACGCGGCGAAAAAAAACUGCAAAAAAAAAUCACAAAAAAAAAAAAACACAAAAAAAAAAAACAAAACGAUGAUAAAAAAAAUGACAAAAUGAUAAAAAAAAACAAAA